GGGGGAGGCGGAGACGUUGGGAGAGGCCGACAGAGAUGAAGGUCGAGGUAAAGGAAACGGAGUGUGAAGCCUGAGGAGUAGAAAGGCCCCGGGGCCGUCGCGCCUCCAAACUUUUCCGCCCGAGCGCCCCCGAGGGCGGGGAGACGAUCUGGGGGUGGAGCCACGAGCUCCCAGUUUCUCUCGUCUCAAGCCUCUAGAAACCGUCCUUGCCGACUUAACUCGUUGCUCGGUUAUAGGUCCAGUUUCAUUAUUGUCGGUGUUAAAUGCCGCCCCAGGAGAAUGUGCGUUGCCGCAGUUUGAGAAGCUUGAAAUUAAGAUGCUGGCCUUGGAGUCGGAUCGUUCUGGCCAAUUCUGAUUCUGCCCACUUACUGGCUUUGAUUUUAACCAACUUCUCUUGUCCUCGCAGCAGCCGCUCUUCUAAAACAUUCAAACCAAAGAAGAAUAUCCCUGAAGGAUCUCAUCAGUAUGAACUCUUAAAACAUGCAGAAGCAACUCUAGGAAGUGGGAAUCUGAGACAAGCUGUUAUGUUGCCUGAGGGAGAGGAUCUCAAUGAAUGGAUUGCUGUAAACACUGUGGAUUUCUUUAACCAGAUCAACAUGUUAUAUGGAACAAUUACAGAAUUCUGCACUGAAGCAAGCUGUCCAGUCAUGUCUGCAGGUCCGAGAUAUGAAUAUCAUUGGGCAGAUGGUACUAAUAUUAAAAAGCCAAUCAAAUGUUCUGCACCAAAAUACAUUGACUAUUUGAUGACUUGGGUUCAGGAUCAGCUUGAUGAUGAAACUCUUUUUCCUUCUAAGAUUGGUGUCCCAUUUCCCAAAAACUUUAUGUCUGUGGCAAAGACUAUUCUAAAGCGUCUGUUCAGGGUUUAUGCCCAUAUUUAUCACCAGCACUUUGAUUCUGUGAUGCAGCUGCAAGAGGAGGCCCACCUCAACACCUCCUUUAAGCACUUUAUUUUCUUUGUUCAGGAGUUUAAUCUGAUUGAUAGGCGUGAGCUGGCACCUCUUCAAGAAUUAAUAGAGAAACUUGGAUCAAAAGACAGAUAAAUGUUUCUUCUAGAACACAGUUACCCUCUUGCUUCAUCUAUUGCUAGAACUAUCUCAUUGCUAUCUGUUAUAGACUAGUGAUACAGACUUUAAGAAAACAGGAUAAAAAGAUACCCAUUGCCUGUGUCUACUGAUAAAAUUAUCCCAAAGGUAGGUUGGUGUGAUAGUUUCCGAGUAAGACCUUAAGGACACAGCCAAAUCUUAAGUACUGUGUGACCACUCCUGUUAUUAUCACAGUCAUACUUGGUUGUAAUAUGUGAUGGUUAACCUGUAGCUUAUAAAUUUACUUAUUAUUCUUUUACUCAUUUACUCAGUCAUUUCUUUACAAGAAAAUGAUUGAAUCUGUUUUAGGUGACAGCAUAAUGGACAUUAAGAAUUUCCAUCAAUAAUUUAUGAAUAAGUUUCCAGAACAAAUUUCCUAAUAACACAAUCAGAUUGGUUUUAUUCUUUUAUUUUACAAGUAAAAAAUGUAUUUUUCAGUAUCCUUGAGAUUUAGAACAUCUGUGUCACUUCAGAUAACAUUCUAGUUUCAAGUUUGUAUGGUAGUGUUUUUAUAAAUAAGAUAAUGUAUAUUUUUUCAGAAUUCAUGAUUGCAGUUUAAAUCAUCAUAUGACGUGUGAAUGGCAGCAGCCAAAGUUAUUUUUACAGGGACUUCAUUUUUUGAUCUUUAUUUGAGACUGUUUUCAUAUCUAUCUAAAUUAUUAGGAAUGUGUGUAUCAGAAGUAAUUUUUUAAUGUCUUCUAAGGAUGGUCUUCCAGGCUUUUAGACUGAAAAGCUUAAUUCAGAUAGUAGCUUUUGGCUGAGAAAAGGAUUCCAAAAUAUUAACAACAAAUUUAGAUCUCAAAACCACUAUUUUUAUUAUUUCAUUAUUUUUCAGAGUCCUUGAAAUUCUGGAUAAGAGAAUGGAGGAAAAUACUCAGAGUACUUGAUUAUUUUAUUUCCUUUUAUUAAAAAAUUACUUCUAUGUUUUUAUUGUCUCUUGAGCCUUAGUUAAGAGUAGUGUAGAAAUGCAUGAACUUCAUCCUAAUAAGGAUAAAACUUAAGGAAAACCACAAUAAACCAUGAAGGUGUACACAUCUUAUAACACAGAUAAAGUUUUGGUGUGCUACCUAUUCUUGAGAGAGUGAGUUAGUGUAUGUGUUUAAAGGAAACAAAAUGGGAGAAAUAAGUUUAAAAAAAAUCCUCAUUCUGUUAAUAUUCAAAAGAUGGACUGAGCUCCCACUUGGGUUUUAUCUUGUUUUAAUUGUUUUUGUAUCAAAACUUGAAAUUCCUCUAUUUCUAUUGGGAUAUAAAAACCUUCCCCUUUAAUGAAGAAAACAUUUAUUUUUUAUUUGGUUCCUAGGAUUUAGUAAACUCUAGCUGUCUAUUUAAAAUGUACUGAGGCACAACAAGUAUUAUACUGGAAGACUUGCCAAACUGGCAAAGCUUUAAGUUCAUCAGCAUUCUAUGUGGUUCAGAGCUGUGAUUUUUGCAAAGUAUUUUACCAACCUCCUUGAUGGCUUUGAUAAAGGUUAGAUUUGAUGGGUUUUUUUAAAAUUUAUUUUUCUUUUUUUUUUUGAGACAGAGUCUCGCUCUGUCGCCCAGGCUGGAGUGCAGUGGUGCAAUCUCGGCUCACUGCAAGCUCCGCCUCCCGGGUUCACGCCAUUCUCCUGCCUCUCAGCCUCUCCAAGUAGCUGGGACUACAGGUGCCCGCCACCACACCCGGCUAAUUUUUUUGUAUUUUUAGUAGAGACGGGGUUUCACCGUGAUCUCGAUCUCCUGACCUCGUGAUCCGCCUGCCUCGGCCUCCCAAAGUGCUGGGAUUACAAGCGUGAGCCACCGUGCCUGGCCUUAAUUUAUUUUUCUUACUCCACUAAACUAUAAAGAAAAUAAUUACUUAGAAACUCCAUUUUAAAUAAUCAUUUCCUAGAAAUUCUUAAAUAUAUACAGAAUUUUAAAGAAAACAUUUCAUCUGAUUUAGUUAGCAUCCACAUAUCAUUGAGGAAUUAAAGUGUGGGACAGUCAUUAUGAAAAAAAAAAAGAGAGAAAAGCCCUCUAUUAGACAUUCCACAAUCUAUGUUUUAAGCUUAUCCAAAGGUCCAGAUGUCAGCCAUUCUGUAUGUUCAUGUUGAUCAUUUGCGAACAAGAAAGCAGGUUUCUAGAUGUCACUUAGGAUGUGAACUGCCUCUCAACUUUAAACCCUGUUGGCUUUACUUUUUUAAGUCCACAAGUGAUGAAACUAGUUUCUCAGCUAGGCUUGUACUUUCCUCAUUAUUUCUAGUAUUUCAAAUAUUCUCAAACAAAAGAGUUUCACUUUUCUCCAUUUAUUUUCAGUUAUGGAAAUGUUCCCUCUCUUCACCACUAAGCUCCAAAGCAAAUGAAAGACAAUCACGUCAGGACAGUAGUAAAGGCAGCUUAUAAAUGGGACAUAAAUCAGAGAUGUUUGGUAUUUUGAGACUCAGUCUGUCCUUUUUUAAAAUAAAAAUAAAAACAUUACGAGGUUCCCAAGCCAAUCUGGCUUAACCAACAGUGCACCAAAAUAUUAGUGUUUACCUCCAAGGCUGGGGAGCCAAGGGGAGGAGGAGAAUUGGAGAAGGGGAGAUAAUGGGAAGAGGAUGGCGCCUUCCUGAGUUGGCUAGAGGGUUAACCUUUGAUAACAGUUUGACAAAAUCAAUCUUUUUUUUUUUUUUUUUUGAGACAGAGUCUCACUCUGUCGCCCAGGCUGGAGUACAGUGGCGGGAUCUCGGCUCACUGCAAGCUCUGCCUCCUGGGUUCACGCCAUUCUGCCCCAGCCUCUCCUGAGUAGCUGGAACGACAGGUGCCCGCCACCAUGCCCAGCUAAUGUUUGUAUUUUUAGUCACGCCUGGCUAAUUUUUUGUAUUUUUAGUAGAGAUGGGGUUUCACUGUGUUAGCCAGGAUGGUCUCCAUCUCCUGACCUCGCAAUCUGCCCGCCUCAGCCUCCCAAAGUGCUGGGAUUAUAGGCAUGAGCCACUGCGCCCAGCCUAUAGAAAUCAAUCUUUUUGACUCUUCUCACUUUUAUCUCUCCAUGCCCAAGGUUUGCCUGUUCCAUAACACUCACUCCCUUCCCCCUUGCUAAUCAGGAGCCAUCUCCUCUCAGUGUCUGAUCUCUGCUCUGCAUACAUGAAGACGGUCAUGGGGUGGAGAGUGCUUGCUAAAUUAUGCAGUUAAUCCUAUGGUGCUUUAAUUUUCAGGCCUUCAAAAAACACUUGGACAGUGAUGUGCAGAUUUUUAAACAGCUGAACUUCCUUGUAAUACAGUUUUUGUAUUGACAGCCAAAUUUGUCUUUCAUUCCUCAGAUUGUGAAUAAAGUGAUUUUUACAGGGCUUCCAGCAAAGUAUUUCCUUUCAUCUAAGGCUUGUAGAACCCUAGCUUAUAUAGCUGCUUACAUGAGAAAUGCAAAAUCUGUAUUCACCAUGACUUUAGUAACAAAGGUAAAGUUUUUUAGUAGUGCCAAGGCAAGAGGAACAAUCUUGGUGGUAAUACUAAGUUUUGUCAAUAUUGUGGUUUCCUGAUUGUGUUGUUGGCUUUCUCUCUGAGCAUUGAGGUUAUACUAGAAGUAGAGCUUCUCAAACAUAAUAUCAUUACCUCAUAAGCAUUAACAAAUCAGGCCCAAAGAGUAUAAGUCCUAGAAAUUUGUUGUUAAGCAGCCCUAGUCGUGGUGCUGGUGCUACUGCCUUGUUUUAGGAGCCUGCCUCCUGUCAGUAUGAAACCCUCACAUGAAAAAUGCCAGCCUGGACACCAAACACUGAGCACCUUCAACAGUCACAUUAUUUCCCCCUGAGAUCCAUAAGGGGAUUUAGUUUCUACUAUUGUAGAGUUCUGAAAAGAGGUAAAAUAGUAGUCCUUUGGUCAUCCUAUUUUUGCUUUCAAUUUUGGUAUUUCAGACUGUAAAAGGCCUUGGGGGAUGAUACUACAUGUGGUAGCAGUAAUUUUUUUGAAGCAACUGCACUGACAUUCAUUUGGGUUUUCUCUCAUUAUCAGAUUCUAUUCCAAACAAGUAUUCUGUAGAUCCAAAUGGAUUACCAGUGUGCUAUAGACUUCUUAUUAUAGAACAGCAUUCUAUUCUACAUCAAAAAUAGUUUGUGUAAGUUAGUUUUGGUUACCAUCUAAAAUAUUUUUAAAUGUUCUUUACAUAAAAAUUUAUGUUGUGUUUUAAAAUCCUUAGGGGCUUUAUCUAUUUUUCUAAGUCAGUUAACUGUACUUUAAAAAAAAGUGUUUUGUAUCUACUUUUGUAACUUCAUCAGAAUAAAAUAUAUUGAAAGUAAGAAA